AAUGAUUGUAUUGACGAGUAUUUCAUUACCAUUGGUCAUUGUAGUAUGUGCAUAUUUCCUUAUAUGGGUAAAAAUAACAUGCAUGAGAAAUGUCUUAGGUCACGCCAUCCAUCAAAGAAAUAGCAAAUUAUCUGUCACGCUUGCUAUUGUUACAAUUGUCAGCUUGAUUGCGUGGGUUCCUUUUAUGACUUGUUCGGCGUUUCUGGACUUCUGUUACCUUACAUUUCCCCCUUAUUUCCUUAAUAUGCUAAAAGUACUUCACUAUGGUAACUCCUUUGUAAACUUUAUCAUUUACUCGCUGCGAAUGCCCGAUUUCAGGACUGGAAUGCGGGCUCAAGUGUCCACAUUCUCAAUCUGUCAUGCAGUUCAUGUAACAGAAAACGUGGUUCGAAGAAAUGACAUUGACUUGCAGAAUCAAAUCGUUGAAGCGAACGUACUUCACUAUGGUAACUCCUUUGUAAACUUUAUCAUUUACUCGCUGCGAAUGCCCGAUUUCAGGGCUGGAAUGCGGGCUCAAGUGUUCAAAUUUUCAAUCUGUCAUGCAGUCCAUGUAUAACAGAAAACGUGGUGCAAAGAAAUGACAUUGACUUGCAGAAUCAAACCGUUGAAGCGAACGUAUAAACGACGACAUAUACUCCAGUAAUAGAGAACAUGCAGGAACAUCAGCUGAUAAUAUUGAUAAUGAAAAAAGCACGGUAUCAUUCCAUACAACAGAUGUAACUAGCCAACCUCGUUCCGUUCCCAGUGGCCUCUCUGUAGCUAUUUUCAAAAUGCAUGGCUACGCUACUAGCUGAACAAACGAUACUACGACCCAGCGGUUC